AUGAGCGCGGCCAGCCGGCUCUGCUCGGGCUACUACAGCUUGAACCGCAGCUUCGUGGAGUCCUUCCAGUGCCCCCGGCCGGGGGACGGGGCGGCGCUGCUCUUCUGCUGUGGCUUCGCCGACCUCAAGUACUGCUGCAGUGAGCCGGGCAGCUACUUCCCCUACAAGCACGGCUACAUGUGGAGCCUGAGCGUCGGUGCUCUCAUUGGACUUGGAAUUGCUGCUCUUGUUCUACUUGCCUUUGUCAUCAGUGUCUGUGUCCUUUGCUAUUUAUUUCUGUACACAAAGCCUCAAAGAUUAGACACUGGCCUUAAACUUCAGCACCUAGAAGCUUCUUCCAUUCAAGAAGGCAUAUUAACCAGAAAAGCCAAAACCCUCGACUCAAAUGCAACAUCAAGUUCAACAAAUGAAACGUCUUGUGAAGCCAAUGAUAUAAUUCAAGAAAAAACAAUGGAUACAACGCAAAUCCACAUUGCUCAUUAACUUGAAGUUCUAUGUUGUAAAAAGUGAUUGGAGAG